AAACAUGUCGACGAGAAAAAUAAGAUGAAUGUGUGUUGAAUAUCUGGAGGUCAUGGAGUUUCCUCAGCAUUCCCAGCAGCUGCUGUCAGCUCUGCGGUCCCAGCGCCAGCGGGGCUUUCUUUGUGACUGCACCGUAUUGGUGGGCUCAUCCCGUUUUCUGGCUCACCGGGCUGUUCUGGCCUCAUGCUCGCCCUUCUUCCACAUGUUCUAUUCUGACUCACCAGGGGGAAACAGCAACAGCAGCUCAGUCACACUUGACAAUGACAUUGUUACAUCUGCUGCAUUUGGCUUGCUUUUAGACUUUGUCUAUGAAGGUGUGCUCCAGCUGGAGGAUUCUCCUCCAGUGGAGGACAUUUUGGCUGCUGCAAGCUUUCUUCACAUGAACGAGGUGGUGAGAGUGUGCAAGAAGCGGCUGCAGCGACGAGGGCCACUGGCUGAGGCAGACAGCACACGCUCUGAAGAGAGUGGCGGGCUGAGGAAGGCAACAGAAAGAGGCACAGAGGACGAACACGGAGUUGAGCUUUUGGAGGCCAUGGUAGCAGACCACUCAAAUCCAGUCACCAUAGCAACACCUCUGUCAUCUGGAUCCCAAGUGGCAGAGGGAAGUCAGAUGGAGUCUGUGAAAUCUGAGCAUAGGACUGGUAGAGGUUCCUCAGAGGAACAAGUUCAAACUCCUCUGAGCCCUGACAUUGCUGAUACCACCCAGCCAGGCAUGGACAUCCCCACUUUGCACCGAGCUGGAGAACUGAUGCAGGGCCUGGUUGGAAACCAGUCUACCCCCACCUCUAGGAGUCACACCAGGAUGGGCAGGUGGAGUCAGAGCAAAGUAUCUGCUCUCUCCAGUCCUUGUAGCACCACAGAGACAUACAGCCAGCAGCCCUCUUCAUCAUCGUCUUCCUCUCUUGUCCCAGUGAGCCAGGCUAGUGGUUUCUCCAUAACUGCUCUUAACCAGUCAGAAUCUCACGCACAUCCGACCGAACCACAGUUGCCUCGUGACAACUCCCCUGAGGGCCCGUCAGAGACUGAGCACAGAACAACUUUUAGCAGAGAACAGCAGAUGGUCAUAUCAGUCCAAGCUGCAGCUCCAACAUCAAACUUCCAGACAAAUACAAGACACCUUCAACAACCACCUCCCCCAAUCAGAAUUCAGAGCGCUGUAUCACUGCAGCGCCAGAGUUUGAACUUUCAACUUACUCCUCAGACUCAAAUGUUUCAGGGACCAGAGGAUGACACCGGAGCUUCACAUCCCACAAGAAAAAGAUCUCACCCUGUUGUGGAUGGAGUAAUAACAGACCAGGAUGUGAAAGUCAAAGAAGAGGCCAUUGUUAUUUCUGAUGAAGAGCUAGAAGAGAAAGAGGAAAUCAAGGAGAGAGAAUCAGAAAUGGAUAUGGAAGAUGAGUUUGAAGAUGACAUUCAGGAAGAAGAACUGAACAGCCCUCAGUUUCUCUCUUCUCACUCCCAGAGCCUCUUACAAGUCACUUCCCAUUCAAAUGACUACUCCUUCCCCCUUUCUCCCUCUUCUUCCUCUGGUGCCGGACCUUCCUCGCAGGACACUUCCUCCUUCUCUGCCUCCCUCAUUCCGUCCACGUCUCGACCACAUUCGGACCCUCCAGCCUACUUCCAAGAGCUCCAGGACUCUAUGGGCAACUUUGUGGAGGAUGUCCCGACAUGCGGUGUCUGUGGAAAGACCUUCUCAUGCACAUAUACACUAAGACGCCAUGCCAUCGUGCACACGCGUGAACGUCCUUAUGAGUGUCGCUACUGCUAUCGGAGCUACACACAAUCAGGCGACCUUUACAGACACAUUCGAAAAGCUCAUGACCAGAGUCUGCCGGCCAAACGCAGCAAGGCUGACACCGAGCCCUCCCUACCACAACCACCACCUCCUCCUCUCAGCUAACAUACAGA